GUUAGGUUAGGAUUCUAUGAUUCUAUUCGCGCGGUAGUGACAAUAUCCAGUGCGAUAUUCAUAGGUUCCUUGCCCAUUCAAUUUUUCUGCAAGGUCGGCAUCUCGACCAGUGAUACUAUCAUUAUAAUUUAAGCCUAGCUGUUAAUAGUAAAAAGAUGCUGAUAAAAGUGAAGACCCUUACGGGAAAGGAGAUCGAAAUAGAUAUCGAACCUACAGACAAGGUAGAAAGAAUUAAAGAGAGAGUGGAAGAGAAGGAAGGAAUACCACCGCAGCAACAGCGAUUAAUAUUUUCUGGCAAGCAGAUGAACGACGAGAAGACGGCGCAAGAUUACAAAGUCCAGGGUGGUUCGGUGCUGCAUUUGGUGCUUGCAUUGCGAGGAGGCUGCAGAUACAACAUUCCUCAUUUAUAAACAACAAUGAGAGAAUAUUGAGAGGAAAUUGUGAGGGCCACACAGAAAAGAGAAAAAGAACAAAAAAAAUGUUUAUCAUGUAUGUGCGCUCGAGGACAAACUCUAUGUUAUUUUUAAUAGAAUAACAUAGUCAUGUGAUCUUUAUAACCUAAAUAAAUAUUUAAUAAAGUAAUUUAAUCAUGAGAA